AUGACUACAGGCGAUAAUUCAACUAAAAUCAUCCUUUCCUCACCAGAGGAUUGGAAUAGUUGGAUUCGAAAUGUUCAGCGUAUUGCAGAAUCCGGCGGCAUCAAAUGCUGGGUAUACCUUGAUCCCACUACAACAGUUGUACCUAUACCAGAGUUGCUAGAUGAACCAGAGCUACCCACAGUUGAUGAAAAUGCUUCUGAGGCUGUUAUUGAUAGGGCUUUAAAGCAAUAUCAGAUGCAACUAGAGAACUAUCGUAUCAAGAAUACCAAAUACGAGAAAAUCAACAAGGCCAUUUCAGAGGUUCUCAAGUACAUACUUUCAUCAAUCAACCGCAAUUGCGAAAAGUUUAUUAGUACCACCAGUAUCACAGCACCUCAAGUGCUUGCUGAUUUACGCAAAAGGCUAGCACCAACUGAUCGUGCGAGAGAGCUUACCGUCGUAGCACGAUACAAUUGUGUAAAGCAACCCUACAAAUCCAAUCAGGAUAUUUAUGAAUGGUUGAACGAAUGGGAACUCAUCUACACUGAGGCUAAAACUCUCAAUCUGCCAGACGUCGAUCGAAAUCGAGCUGCGUUCGACUUUUCUACAGCCCUUAUGAAUCACAGCUCCUCUUGGGCAACUUCAACUCUGUUGGAGAUCACCAAAAAGCUCAAGAAUCAGCCUGAAGAAACGAUUGAUGUGUACGAUUUAAUCGAAGACUUUCGAAACUACACUCGACUCACACAGGCAUCAACUACUUCAACCUCUUCUACGUCAUUUGCAACCUAUAAGGAUGGGAAUAAAGAUAAAAAGGAAGGAGAGAGAACCUGUCUAUGUGGCAAGAAACAUCUAUAUGAAAAAUGCUACUAUCUAUAUUCGGAUAAUCGACCAAGGAACUGGAAACCAAUCGAUGCCGAUAUUGAAUACUUCAAGAAGUUCUGGGGAAGGCAAUCAACAAAACGAAGGAACUGGUUUGUUCGUAGACAUGAAGGAACUAAAGAACUUCUCAAGCUAGCAAAUCUCUCUUGGGAUCCAGCAUGGAAGGAAACAUUGACUAAUCCUUCAGAAUCUGGAAAAGAGAAAGAUAAGGAUCUUGGGGCUUUUCUCACUAAACAAAGUCCUACCUACAACAAUGCUAGCAUCCUUCACAAAUGGCUAAUUGAUAGCGGUUCCGAUACCCAUGUCACCAACUCUCUACACAACUUUGUUCUUGAAGAGUUUGGAAAGCCAUCCGAUAUGAUAAGCGCUGGAAGGGACCGAUUCCAAAUUGAAGCAUUCGGUACUAUCACUAUGUUGAUCAAUACACCAACUGGGCCAGGGCAAAUAACCUUAAAAAGAGUGGCGUACAUCCCAGGGUUUCUUACAAACCUAGUCUCUCUAGCUUUACUCUCAAAGAAAGGUGUACAUUGGAACACUGAACACCCAGAUGUCCUUACAAAAGAAGGCAUUGCAUUUAUUACUCUGAAGCAAACAGGAGACCAUUGGACCCUCGAUCCUAUUAUCCUUUCUCAGCAUGCUUCGUUUGCCACCAAAAACCACACCAAAUCAAUAUGCCGAAAGGUUACAACAACAGAGUUACAUGAUCUUCUAGGCCAUCCUUCUCUCGAAGCCCUUCAGCACCUAGAAUCAGCAACUACUGAUAUCAUUAUCGACAAAACGAUUUCGACACCUUCCUUCUCUACCUGCAAAGUUUGUAAUCUCUCGAAGGCUCAACAGAUUAUAUCUCGUAAUCCAAGGAAGGAGAUGCCAGAGAACGGCCAUGUCGGAGAUCGAUUGGCAUGGGAUCUGUUCGAGAUGGAUGAGGCUUAUAAUAAUACCCGAUAUAUCAGCCACUUCUGGUGUACGACACACAAAAUACAAUGGGUGUAUGUUCUAACUAGGAAAACAGAGAUGAUCGAUAUUAUGGAUACUCAAUUCUCUCUGAUACAAACACAAUUCGGCUCAAAGGUCCGAUUCAUACGCCUCGACGGUGAAACUACGUUAGGGGGCGACUUCAAGAGGAUCACAGACAAACGUGGCAUCAUUGUCGAACGCACUCCACCAGAUACACCAGCACAGAAUGGCGCUGCAGAGAAUGCUGGUAAAAUGCUCAUGGUCAGAGCAAGAGCCCUCCUCCUUUCAGCAAACCUACCACAAAACCUUUGGCCAGAAGCAAUUAAAACAGCCGGUUAUCUUGAAAACCGUACUCCAAAAAGAGCUCUUCAAUGGAAAACACCAUUUGAAAGUGCUACUGGCAAUAAACCUUCGCUAGCACAUCUACAUCCAUAUGGGUGCUUGGCAUAUGUGCUCAACAAGCAGAUUCCAAGACGUGCGAAGAUGCAACCUCGUGCAAAACUGGGCUAUCUUGUAGGGUAUGAUUCAACGAAUAUCUUCAGGAUCUGGCUCCCUUCCAUAAAUCGCGUCAUUCGAAGUAGGGAUGUCAAAUUUGAUGAAACCCGGUAUUAUCGACCAGAAGAUAUAGAUAUUGGCUUUCUUAUUAAGGAUCAACUUCGGGAUACUGCAGCUAUUCACGAAAAGAGGGCAGAAGAGAUAGAAAUAUCGAAUCUGUUGAGUGAAGAAUCAGAUGAGAGUAUUGGUGAUAUAAUUGUAGUUGAAGGGCCAUGGAACUUACAACACAAUCGCUUAAACGAGCGACCAACGAAUGAAAGCUCUUCAAACAAGACGGAUGAUGGUAUUCCAACCAAUGAGGGGGUUCCUCAAACUAACCCUCAAUUGCCAACGCCUAGAGCAACCUUAUCACCAGAAGCACUUACAAGACAAUCUACUGGAGAUGUUCCUAUACCAUCAUUACCGGAGUCAGAACUCUCAUCUUCCCCAUCAUCAUCGUUAAGUCAACAUGAUAUCAUCACUACAACAUCAUCUCAUAAUACAGCACCUUUGGCAGAGCAAAUACGUGCCGAUAUCGACGUAUCCCAUAUAAUUCAGGGUUCUAGACGUUCACAAAGGAAAGAACAUCAUGCUGCAGCACUUUCAUCACUUCCUCAACUAUCCAGCUACUUUGCAGCAUUUGCUAUCGGAAGGUCUAAAUUACGAACUCCUAGAUUACAUCAAAAUGAUCUACCACCUCCACCUCGAUUUUAUCAUGAGCUAGUACAGCAUCCAUAUGCUAGAGAAUUCCAAAAAGCAUGUGAGGAUGAGAUCAACGCUCUGAAAGAACGUAAAACCUUCGAAUACAUCGAUAUAUCUACAAGAGGACAAAAGCCUUUACCAUUACUCUGGGUUUUCACUUAUAAAUUCGAUCAAGAUGGUUAUCUCAUCAAGUUCAAAGCAAGAAUCUGUGCCAGAGGAGAUCUUCAAUCAACCGAAGAAGAGACAUACGCUGCAACGCUAACUUCACAAAUUUUUAGAGCUAUGAUGGCUAUCGCUGCAGCUUUCGAUCUUGAGAUUCGACAAUUUGACGUUUCCAAUGCUUUUUUACAUGCAACAUUAAGGCAACCAAUUAUUUGCAAGUGCCCUGAUGGCUUCGAAGUCCCAGGGAAAGUGAUUUCCGUAAACCAAGCACUUUAUGGCUUCCGAGAGUCUCCAGCAUACUGGUAUGAGGAUCUGACCUACACGUUAACCGACUUUGGUCUGGAUCCAGUUCCAGGAGCACCCUGUGUUUUCACCAAUAGCUGGCUUACGGUUCUCUUCUAUGUCGACGAUAUUAUCGCAAUUUGCAAGAAAGCUGAUUUGCUACGAUUAACCUUAUUCGAAAACACCUUAAAAUCAGCAUACACCAUCAAAUCACUUGGAGAUAUACAGUUCUUCUUAGGGAUUAGGGUACUACGAGAUCGACAAAAUCAUCGUCUGUGGCUUUGCCAAGAUAACUACAUUUCAAAAAUAUCAACACGCUUCAAUAUCAAACCUAAUCCUCAAGCCUGUUCUCCAUUGCCAACAACAGCACUUACAAAGAAUCCAGCAAUUGCAACUCCGCAACAGGUUUUCGGCUACCAGCAGCGAGUUGGCAGCAUUAACUACGCUGCUGUUGUGACUCGGGCUGAUAUUGCAAAAGCAUCUUCAAUACUAUCAGAAUUUCUUCGUAAUCCAUCCGCUACUCAUAUCAAUGCAGCAGUACAUACAUUGCAAUACCUUGAGAAUACCAAAUUCUAUGCUAUCAUGUUCGAUGGGAAGAAAGCAACAACUACCAGGAACUUUCAAAUCUGGAGUGACGCCUCCCAUGCUGACGAUAUCGAUACAAGAGUUUCUUCAAUGGGAUAUUGCCUCAUACUCUUUGGAGGUUUGAUCCACUUCAAAAGCACUAAGCUGAAGUCGGUGACUACUUCCAGCACACACUCUGAAAUACUGGCUCUUUCCGUUACUGCUCGAGAGCUUAUGUGGUGGAUACGCUUCUUUAAGAAUGUUGGUUUAGAUCUCGAAGAAAAGGCUUCAAUUUUCUGUGAUAAUCGCCAAACCAUUCGACUUCUUCAGCAUAGUACUCCUAGACUUGUUACAAAACUCCGGCAUGUUGAUAUACACUCCUGUUGGCUUCGCCAGGAAGUGCAAGCAGGAAGGCUACAAGUCGAAUGGGUUCCAACUACUGAAAUGGUUGCAGAUGGUUUCACUAAACCUCUACCACCACAGAAACACACUCAUUUUAUCAAUCUUUUGGGAAUGGUUGACAUUCGGUCUCAGGUUCAGGAAUAA